AUGAUGACCCAGGUUAUGGACAUAACCAGCGGAAAAUCUCUCGGCCCCUAUCGUAAUGGCGAGAUUCCGGUUCAUGCCCGAGGCGUCAUGAAGGGCUACUUUGGGCGUCCUGAAGCAACCGCUGAAGUCUUGAGCAACGAUGGAUGGUUGCGUACAGGAGAUUUAGGCUGCUACGACGCUAAAGGGCUGAUCCAUGUUAUUGAGAAAUUGAAAGAGAUGGUAAAAUGCAUGGAUAAUGUCGUCACCCCUGCGGAGCUGGAGGAAAUUUUGAACACCCACGAGGCUGUCGCAGAGGCCGCAGUUGUGGGCGUUCCAAGCUCCAAGUAUGGCGAGGCUCCAACAGCCUGUGUCGCUGUCAAAGACGGCUUCGAGAAAAACCUCAAGAGUCUGGCGACAGAACUGAAGGAGCUAAUUGCAGGUCAAGCAGCAGUGUUCAAGCAGCUGUAUGGAGGCGUUUUGUUUAUGAAAUCUCUUUCCAAGUCCGAUAGCGGAAAAAUCCUGAGAGAAGACCUCAAAACAAAGGUUGCCCAUGAAAUAGAGAAGUUGAAAAAAUAG